AUGCGCUUCAUUCCCAUUUCGUCAGUCAGAACGACACCAAAGUCGUGUACCAGCACUGCGCUAGAGGAGAUAGAUCAUGCGCCGCCCAAAGACCGCAUCUUAUAUUUUGAGGCUAAUUCGGAGCCAGGAAACCGCCUCAUGCUUCUACGUCAAGCUUGUCUCUCCCAGCUGCAUAUGCCAUGGGCUGAUUAUCAUUCCCUCUUCUUCUACAGCAUCAUCUCCAAGAUUCUUCUUCAUUCGAGCCGCGCAUCCUUCAAUGUAUCUCGUUUACCUAGACCCUGGAAGAUGCACAUAAGUCUUCCUCUUCUACGAAUACUCAAAAGGGCCAUGUUAGGGUACCCCAGUCAGUCCACGGACCCACGGACCGUUGUUCAACGGAUGACUGGUUUGUCCAAGUACUCAGUAUCAAGACCCUCGGACCUUGCAGUUCUCGCAUAUUUACCAGACAUCCUGGUAGGAUUAAUCCCGACCUGCCACCAUUGCCUGAGUCUGCGAGCAAGCUUCCAAAGGCUCGUCGGCGUCUGCAUCAUCCCCAUUUUGGCCAUUGAAAAUGUCUCGGACUGCUUGGAGCUAGCUACACUUAGGCCCGGCUAG